AUGAGCACAUCAAUAAAUAAAGUCUUUGAUAAUGUUCCUGACUGUGUCGGAUAUCUGAUAAUGAAUGCGGACGGUUCUGUCGAGCACAGUCAUGGUGAUCUACAAAACAAUGAACAAGUGGCCAAUCAACUUUAUAAAAUCGUUCUUUGUGCUGCUAAAGUUAGUGUUCAUCCAACCAAACAGUUAGCAUUCAAACGAUUUACAAUUUCAGAUGAUCAAUAUGUGUAUUGUAUCGCAUGUGCCAAUAAUCGAAUUUAUAUCGCCAAGCGUCGUCAAGAAUCUUCAGCACUUGCUUAA